GUAUUUGAUGCAAUCAUGAACUUCAAGAAGGACGAAACGGCCAAGUUGAUCGAGAAGCUGGACAUUAAGCUGGACAGCGAGGACAAAGGAAAGGAAGGCAAGCCUCUGCUGAAGGCUGUGAUGAGACGCUGGCUCCCUGCAGGAGAAGCUUUGCUGCAAAUGAUCACCAUCCACCUGCCUUCUCCAGUUACCGCUCAGAAAUACCGUUGUGAGCUGCUCUAUGAAGGCCCCCCCGAUGAUGAGGCUGCCAUGGGCAUUAAGAAUUGUGACCCCAAAGGACCCCUGAUGAUGUACAUCUCCAAGAUGGUACCCACCUCUGACAAGGGCCGUUUCUACGCCUUUGGCCGGGUGUUCUCAGGAGUUGUGUCCACUGGGCUCAAGUGCAGAAUCAUGGGACCAAACUACACCCCGGGAAAGAAAGAGGAUCUCUACCUGAAGCCAAUCCAGAGAACCAUCCUCAUGAUGGGCCGCUACGUGGAGCCCAUUGAAGACGUGCCUUGCGGUAACAUCGUCGGCCUGGUUGGCGUCGACCAGUACCUGGUCAAGACAGGCACCAUCACCACCUUUGAACACGCCCACAACAUGCGCGUCAUGAAGUUCAGCGUCAGCCCCGUCGUGCGUGUGGCUGUGGAGGCCAAGAACCCGGCUGACCUGCCCAAACUGGUCGAAGGCUUGAAGAGAUUGGCCAAGUCUGACCCCAUGGUGCAGUGUAUCAUUGAGGAAUCUGGAGAGCACAUCAUAGCCGGAGCCGGAGAACUGCAUCUGGAGAUCUGCCUGAAGGAUCUGGAGGAGGAUCAUGCCUGCAUUCCCAUCAAGAAAUCUGAUCCAGUCGUGUCUUACCGGGAGACUGUUAGCGAGGAAUCGGGAACGUUGUGCCUUUCCAAAUCGCCCAACAAACACAACCGCCUGUACAUGAAAGCCCGCCCCUUCCCAGAUGGCCUGGCCGAAGACAUCGACAAGGGGGAUGUCUCAUCCCGCCAGGAGCUGAAGCAGCGGGCCAGAUACCUGGCUGAGAAGUACGAAUGGGACGUGGCUGAAGCCCGUAAGAUCUGGUGCUUCGGCCCAGACGGCACUGGUCCCAACAUCCUGACCGAUAUCACCAAGGGGGUGCAGUACCUCAACGAGAUCAAGGACAGCGUGGUGGCCGGCUUCCAGUGGGCCACAAAGGAGGGAGCCCUCUGCGAGGAGAACCUGCGAGGCGUCCGCUUUGAUGUGCACGACGUCACCCUGCACGCCGAUGCCAUCCACCGCGGCGGCGGCCAGAUCAUCCCCACAGCCCGGCGGUGCCUCUAUGCCUGCAUGCUGACAGCUCAGCCCCGCCUCAUGGAGCCAAUCUAUCUGGUGGAGAUCCAGUGCCCUGAACAAGUAGUGGGCGGCAUUUAUGGCGUGCUGAACAGGAAACGAGGCCACGUCUUUGAAGAGUCCCAGGUGGCUGGAACCCCCAUGUUCGUGGUAAAGGCCUACCUGCCUGUCAACGAAUCUUUUGGUUUCACAGCCGACUUGAGAUCCAACACCGGAGGCCAAGCUUUCCCGCAGUGCGUCUUUGACCACUGGCAGAUUCUCCCCGGGGAUCCCUUUGACAGCGCCAGCCGUCCUUGUCAAGUGGUCAGCGAGACGCGGAAACGCAAAGGGUUGAAAGAAGGCAUCCCCGCGCUCGAUAACUUCCUGGAUAAGUUGUAAACCGGUCGAAUGAAAUAGUAGCGCACCAGAUCUUGAGAAAAAAAAAGAAUAAAUUUUAAAAAUGGCUGUUGUGGGACUCGAAAUGAACUUUUAACUAGUGUAAAAAGAAAAAAAAAAUCAAACCAAACCAUGGUGGUUAGAUGUGCUUGUGGCUGGGAUUGGCGGCUGUUUCUUUUUCCCCUCCCCUUUCCUCCUCCUCCCCCCCUUUCCAAUCACGCCUACAUUUUCAGCCUUGAUGAAAGGGGUUUCUUUUCACACAACACGCCAGAAAAACCCACUACUCGGCCCCGUUGUUAACUUAAGAAAAUACGCUUCCAUUUAACGCACCCCGAAACGCGGCUCAUCUCCAUAUUUAUCUGAACAUCACGGAGGCAAUUGGGGGGGGGGGGAGAGAGAAUUGGCCAGGUUUUUCUUCCUUGGAGAAAUUUUGGAAAGGAGGAAGAAGAGGGGUUUUUGGGGGGGGGCAGAGACGUGGGAAAUCCGUUUUGCUCUCUUGGAAGGUUGGACGAGACGCGGAAGGAGAAAAUCAACAAAAGUCAUUUUUAUCGGGAUUUUGAGGGAAGGAGGCUUUCUAGCCGGACGGCUUGUAGGUUAUCCUUGUGCAAAUCAAUGUAUUUAGAACCACUGGAAUAAUAAAUAUAAGAAUGUCUGA